CCAGUCCAUAUCAAUCUCGAAGCAACCUAAGGAAAAAGCAUAACAUUUGGGGAUGGCUUUAAUCUGUGAAGGUAAGAGUUCAUGGCCAGAACUUGUUGGGACGCGAGCACAAGAUGCAGCUGAAAUAAUUGAAAGGGAGAAUUCAUUGGUUACUACUAUCAUUGUGUAUAAGACUUGCCCCGUUCCCCUAAUUUUCAGCUGCAACAGGGUUAACAUCGUGAUUGACUGUAGCGGCACCGUUAUAACAGUCCCUAGGAUUGGUUAGGUUAGAAGGACACGUUCUGAAUUGCUAAUAAUUAUCUAGUGUGGUAUUGUACUAAAAAUAAUUCAACACUCGGACAUUGCGGUGUGCGUGUGUUGUACUAAACCUUAAAUAAGGGGCAAUGAUAAUGUUCCCGCUUUGUUAAUCAUCUCUCUCU